AGGAGGGGGGGGGAAGGAGAUGGACUACCUCCCCCGCCUACACCUCUAGGAGAUGGACUACCUCCCCCGCCUCAAGGAGAUGAACUACCGCCUCCUCCUCCUCUAGAUGAUGAGUUUCCUCCUCUUCCAGAAGGUGACUUUAGACCACCACCCCCUGAUGAUGACCAGCCGCCACAAGGGGAUGAGUUCAGACCAGUCCGUCAGGUGGUACUCACUACUCCAAGAGCACCACUGACACAGAAACUGUCAUCCCCAGCGCCAACAACAAAAGCUUUGUUAACUACUCCAAGACGAGUCUUAGCUACAACCACCGCAUAUCCAUAUUGGUUGUACGAUUGCACUGCUUAACCUGAAGACAGUUGUUGAAUAAAUAUGUAUUUAAA